AUGUCUUUCAACCCAAACGACGCCGGCCAAGGCUACAACGCCUACGGCAGCAUUUACGAUAACGCGGAGAAUUACGAGAACGAUGGUGCUGGCCUGGACGAUGAAGAGUACGACUCGGAUGCCCUCGAUGAGACCGCCAUCACACCCGAGGACUGUUGGGAGGUCAUCUCUUCAUAUUUCGAGGCCAAGGGACUGGUUUCCCAGCAGAUCGACUCGUUCAACGAGUUCACAGAGACCACGGUGCAAUCCCUCGUCGACGAGUAUGCGGAUCUGACCUUGGACCAUCCAAAUCCUGGCGAUGACGAGGGCCGAGACAUUGCCUUGCGCAGAUACGACAUCAAGUUCGAAGCCGUCACACUCUCGAGACCCACACUGACAGAAGCGACCGGCGAGACCAUCAGUCUUCUGCCGUACGAAUGCCGCGACCGCAACCUGACCUACUCGGCCCCUAUGUAUGUCCAAGUAAGGAAGCGUGUCCGGGUAGCAGUCAACGAGCCGGUCCCUUUGAACGAACUCGACGACCAGCAACAAGAGUACAUGGCCCGGACUGGUGAACACCCGACUACGAUUCGGUGGGAGGAGGAAGACAGCGGACCCCAUGACGAGGCGGUCAAGAACCCCGAUGACUCGCAGCCUGGAAGCGUCAGCCACAUAUUCCUUGGGAAACUUCCUAUCAUGGUUCGUUCCCAAGUAUGUCAUUUGGCUGACGAGGACGAUGAAUCGCUGUUCGUUCUCAACGAGUGCCCAUACGACCAAGGCGGGUAUUUCAUCAUUAACGGCAGCGAGAAGGUGCUCAUUGCUCAGGAGCGGUCGGCAGCCAAUAUCGUUCAGGUCUUCAAGAAGCCUGCUGGAAGCAGUGUAUCCUACCAGGCAGAGAUUCGCAGUGCGCUUGAAAAGGGAUCUCGACUCAUCUCGUCCCUGCAGAUGAAGAUGCACACCAAGGGCGAGCCUUCGAAGGGCCGAAUUGCUGGCACAGUCAGUGUGACGCUGCCCUAUGUCAAGGAAGAGGUUUCGCUCGCCAUUGUUUUCCGAGCGCUUGGUGUUGUCUCGGACGAGGACAUAUUGAAUCAUAUAUGCUAUGACCGCAAGGACACCCAGAUGCUGGAGGCGUUGCGACCUUGCAUCGAGGAGGCGUUUUGCAUCCAGGAUCGCGAGGUUGCCCUGGAUUAUAUUGGCAAGCGUGGCAAUGGAAACACUGGCCAGAACCGCAACAACCGCAUCAGGGCUGCCAAGGACUUGCUCCAGAAAGAGAUGCUACCGCACAUCUCGCAGACUGAGGGUUGCGAGACGAGAAAGGCGUUCUUCCUCGGCUACAUGGUGCACAAGCUUCUCCAAUGCGUGCUGGGCCGACGUGAUACGGACGACCGAGAUCAUUUUGGCAAGAAGAGACUGGACUUGGCCGGUCCGCUGCUUGCCAAGCUCUUCCGCGGCGUGGUCCGGCGCAUGACGCAGGACCUGAUGGGGUACAUGAAGCGCUGCAUCGACACGAACAAGCACUUCUCUCUCGCUUUGGGCAUCAAGUCUUCCAGUCUCACCAACGCCCUGAAGUACUCUCUUGCGACUGGAAAUUGGGGCGAUCAGAAGAAGGCCAUGAGCUCCACAGCCGGCGUCUCGCAGGUUUUGAACAGAUACACUUUUGCUUCGACCUUGUCACAUUUGAGGCGCACCAAUACGCCUAUCGGCCGUGACGGCAAACUCGCCAAGCCACGGCAGCUGCACAACACACAUUGGGGCUUAGUCUGUCCGGCAGAGACACCAGAAGGACAGGCUUGCGGGCUUGUCAAGAAUCUGUCAUUGAUGUGUUAUGUCAGCGUGGGCUCGGCUGCAGAUCCGAUCAUCGAGUUCAUGACCUCUCGUAACAUGGAGAUCCUGGAAGAGUACGAACCUCUGCGCUACCCGAACGCCACCAAAGUGUUCGUCAACGGCUCCUGGGUCGGUGUUCAUCAAGACCCAAAGCACUUGGUGAACAUGGUGCAGAGUUUACGGAGAAAGAACGUGAUUUCCUAUGAGGUAUCGCUCGUCCGUGACAUCCGUGACCGGGAGUUCAAAAUCUUUUCCGACGCUGGUCGCGUCAUGAGGCCGCUCUUUGUUGUGGAGACGGAAGAUGUUGGGGAGACUGGAGUUGAAAAGGGCCAACUCAUCUUGAGCAAAGCACACAUUGGGAAGCUUGAGGCAGACAAGGAGCUGGGCAAGUAUCACCCUGACUAUUGGGGCUGGAAUGGUCUUCGGGCGUCAGGUGCUAUCGAGUAUCUCGAUGCUGAAGAGGAAGAAUCGGCCAUGAUCUGCAUGACACCCGAAGAUCUCGAAUACUUCCGCCGGACCAAGAUAAAGGGGAAGCCCAAGACGAAGGAGCAGCACCAUCUCGGCAAUGCGCGCAUCAGGACGCAGUACAAUCCGACAACUCACAUGUACACGCAUUGCGAGAUUCACCCUAGCAUGCUUCUCGGCAUCUGUGCAAGCAUCAUCCCCUUCCCCGACCACAACCAAUCUCCCAGAAACACAUACCAAUCCGCCAUGGGAAAGCAAGCCAUGGGCUUCUUCCUUACAAACUACUCCCGGCGCAUGGACACGAUGGCAAACAUUCUCUACUACCCGCAGAAACCUCUGGCCACAACACGGUCUAUGGAAUUCCUCAAGUUCCGAGAGCUUCCAGCUGGCCAGAACGCCAUUGUCGCCAUUGCUUGCUACUCUGGCUACAACCAAGAAGAUUCGGUUAUUAUGAACCAAAGCAGCAUCGACCGUGGUAUUUUCAGGAGCCUCUUCUUCCGCUCCUACACGGAUUGUGAAAAGCGCGUGGGAAUCAACAUUGUCGAGCAAUUCGAGAAGCCUAACAGGAGCGAUACUCUGCGGCUCAAGCAUGGUACCUAUGAUAAGCUUGAUGCGGAUGGAAUUACCGCGCCUGGUAUUCGUGUCUCGGGCGAAGACAUCAUCAUUGGCAAGACGUCGCCGAUCAGCGCCGACAAUGCUGAGCUGGGCCAGAGACAAGCACAGCAUGUCAAGCGCGAUGCGUCUACGCCUCUACGGAGUACGGAAAGCGGGAUUAUCGAUCAAGUUAUCCUGACGACCAACCAGGAUGGCCUCCGCUAUGUGAAGGUUAGGGUUCGGACUACCAAGAUUCCGCAGAUCGGAGAUAAGUUCGCGUCCCGUCACGGUCAGAAGGGUACUAUAGGUGUCACAUACCGACAGGAAGACAUGCCAUUCACUGCCGAGGGUAUCACUCCGGACAUUAUCAUCAACCCCCACGCCAUCCCGUCGCGUAUGACCAUCGCCCAUUUGAUCGAGUGCUUGCUGUCCAAGGUCGCUACGCUCAAGGGCUUGGAGGGUGACGCGACGCCAUUCACAGAUGUCACAGUCGACUCGGUAUCUGAGCUGCUACGAGAACAGGGAUACCAGUCACGAGGCUUCGAGAUCAUGUAUCAUGGUCAUACUGGCAAGAAGCUCCGGGCCCAGGUGUUCUUUGGGCCUACCUAUUACCAACGGUUGCGCCACAUGGUUGACGACAAGAUCCACGCUCGAGCGCGCGGUCCCGUACAAAUCAUGACCCGGCAGCCGGUGGAGGGUCGUGCAAGAGACGGCGGUCUUCGUUUCGGAGAAAUGGAACGUGACUGUAUGAUUGCCCACGGCGCUGCAUCUUUCCUGAAGGAGCGUCUCUUUGAGGUGUCGGAUGCCUUCCGAGUCCACGUUUGCGAAAUCUGUGGGCUCAUGACGCCUAUUGCGAACCUGACCAAGCAGACGUUCGAGUGUCGGCCGUGCAAGAACAAGACCAAGAUUGCGCAGGUGCACAUGCCGUAUGCCGCUAAACUGCUCUUCCAGGAGCUCAUGUCGAUGAACAUUGCGACUAGAAUGUUUACGAGCCGGUCCGGCAUCUCGAUUCGCUAG